AUCGCAACAUGUUAUGUGGAGGUACGUUGCCACCUGUCGGAAUUAGAUGUAUUAUUAAAAACUAUGGUUCGUUAAAAGAAUGCUCUAUUACGAUACCUCUGGUUCUGAUCUAUAAUUCAUGAUAGAUUUCUCAACGUUAUUUGCACUUGUGUUGAGCUAGAAUGAGGCAGGAUUAAUUGUACCUUUGUUAAGUUUAGUCAAGAAAGUCCUGUGAAUAGCUAGGAAUCACUCGGUCAUAUGACUAGGAUGACUUCACGUUUCACGCCUGUGCAUAAAGGUAU